AAUCUAUUCAACCAUCACCACAAGAGCUUUGUCUGCCCAAUGUAUGCCAAUUAAAUACUAGAGAUUAGGCCAUCCAUUCAUGGCCACCUGUCACCCCCGCUCACACAAUGGAACACUCCCAAUACAGUUAUUGCCAACUUAUUAUCUAAGCCAUACUUAGUUGUCCGUGGAAUGAGUGUUAUUAUUAUUACUGCUUCUACGGAGAUGGGCCUGUUCUUUUCAUCUCCAUCUCUGAUGCUCAAACUCCACCCUCCAUCCACCCCACCUCUCCGUCUCGUGGAACACUCCGCAACCACCGUGCAUAUUAAAUGAUGCCUGGCCUGCUCCUCUCUUUGUUUGAGCAAAGUUAAGGAAAUGGAGUGGGAGAGAAAGUGAGAGAGAGAGAGAGAGAGAGAGAGGGGGAGGAUGACACAAACUGAGUAACGAAGAAGCUUUUUAGUCCUCCGCACAAAGUUCUACUUGUGCGCCACUAGUGGAUGCUUAUUACCGACACCGCGCAGGAAAGUGAGUGGGAGGCUCGUUGUCGGCAAAGUAUUACUUUUUUGUUUUAAUGCAAGCCUUGGAUAGUAAUGUGCAUGCUUUGACGUUGAUGAGCAAACUUUUGGAGGAUUUUUGCCUUGACUCUUCCAGUUGGGAUCUACAGGAUGGAUGCCUUCCGCUGAGAGAAUGGUAAUCUGAAUUCAAGCGGAGUGAAUAAUUCAAGAGUGAAGGGGAAAGCAGAGAGAUCUGAUUCACCGGUCUGUGAGGGGACUACAGGCGACAUGGUUCGGGAAUCAGGGGAUGGGGAGGAGCGUCGGCUGAGAAGCAGUGCAAAGGGACUUCCUGUGGAGCCUCCUCCUGAUGCGCAAAGUGCUGGCAAAUACACAAGACACAGAAGUGCAAACAGGUGUCCAAUUGCAGCAAAGAAGAAAAAGACAGAGCCCGAGCCUCCACCACCAGAGCCAGAGCCUGUUAAAAGGAUGAAGCGGUUGUCGAGGAAACGAGGUGCCCCGCCCAGUAAUCAGGAGGAGACGGUAGCAUCUGUGGCAGAGGAAGGCCCUACCAGCGCCAAGGUGAUGGCUUUGAACCCAGACACAGACGAUGCAAACUCCAUCUCGAGUCAGGAUGAAGACGUGCAAGCAAAGUGUAGCCGGAGAGCAAUCGUCAACCUCCAGAGACUGAUUGAUAAUGUCACAGAGGAGAUCAGACAUGAGAAGGAACAAGAGGAAGGAGGGGAUGGGAAAGAAGAGGAAGAAGGGGCGCAGAAGAGUGAAGAUGCUGCUGCGCCGAAGGAUACUGAGAAAGAUGAGGGGGAUGAUGAGGAGAAAGCAGGAAAGCAUGAAGAAGGGGAUGUGGAUGGGGGGAAAGAAAGCGAACAAAUGGAAGUAGAAGAGGAAGAAGGGGUAGAAGAGGAAGAAGAGCAAGAAGAGGAGCAACGGGACGAUGAUACUGCAGUGGAAGAUGAGAGCAGAGCGACGGAAGAACAGGUGGAUGAAAAGGAAGAGCCACAGGAAGGAGAGGAGGAAUGGGCAGGGGAACAAGAUAAGAUGGAUUCUAUAGUUGAUACGGAAGAGAGUAUUGUUGAAGAGGAAGAGGAGGAGGAGAAGGAGGAUUCUUCUGUUACAGAUGCAGAGACAUGUGCUCCGCCUAAGCUCCAUAAGGAGUUGGCGUUUCUCAAUCAGGACAUGCCAGUCUUGGAAACUGCUCCUGACCUAGUCGGAAACAAUUCUACACCUGGUGAAGACUGUAAAAGUGGGACCAGUGAAGCGGGAGGACAUCAGCAGGUUGAAGUAAAGCGGGAAGGAACACACGAUGGAGUAGAGGAGGAGGAAGCAUAUGGAGAUGCCCCAUCCUUGGUCAUAGAUGAACAGUUGUCCUCUAGAAAUUCAUCCAAAAUGGACGAGGAUGACAAUGGGUUGCCCUUGCACCUGCGAGUUCUCAGUGAACAACUCUCUCAAGAACUUGAAGAAACUCGCAAGAAACAGACAGUGGGGCCAGCCCCGGCGAGUUCUGUGCGAGCGCUCUCCCCUGCUGAAACCCCCCAGGAGAGCCUACCGACCCCCUUAUCCAGUGCAAUUGUGUCAACUCCACCCGCAGAACAAGGGCAGGAGGAGGAAGAAGAGGAGGAGCUUCCGCCACCAUCACCACCACCUAGCAACGAAAGCAUUCCAGAGAGAGAUUUCUCAAACACCAGCAAUCUUGAUCUCUCACAUGACAGUAUGGACAUGCUCCCAAUGAAGAUCAAGCAGGAGGUGAUUGAUCCCUUAGAGGACAGUGAUAUCGAUAUGACGCCGGAAGAUCACAUGAUGUCCCAACUGACUGGAGAUCAUCAACGGGCACCUACCCCUGUUGUACCAGUUACUGCUGCAUCAGCUGCCGCAGCCACAGCCAGCUUGCCGGCACCUCCUGGGCUGAACUCGGUUGAGUGUAGUAAGUGUCCCACACCGGGAUGUGAUGGAACAGGGCACGUUACUGGGUUGUACAGUCAUCACAGGAGCUUAUCUGGUUGCCCUCACAAAGAGAAGAUUCCACACCAGUUACUACAAUUACAUGAACAUGUUUUGAAGUGUCCAACUCCUGGAUGUUCGGGUAGAGGCCAUGUCAAUAGUAACAGAAAUUCACAUCGCAGUUUAUCAGGUUGUCCCAAAGCAGCUGCUGAAAAGUUAGCCAUGAUGCACCAGGGCCCGCCUCCGGCACCUAAAUAUUCAAACGAUACCAGGCUCAUGGGGAAACCGAUGUAUUGCUUACAAGAAAUGGAAUCCAUGAACAGUGCAACAACCAACAGCUCCACCACCACUCCACGUUCUACUCCGUCAGAGAAGGUCAGUGCAAAGCCUUUCUCGAUAGAUUCUUUCAUGGCAUUCAACCCUGCCACAGGACUCUACACAGCGACCGGUAGCCACAAGCGCAUCGCUCCCAAGGUCAUAUCAGCUGCCGAGCUCAUGCCACCCAGUAAGCGUCCUGCGAUGCCUAACGACGGAACGGUGGACAAUCGGGAGGCGACACUCGCAGCAGCGGCGAUUAACCUAUCCUUGAAGACCAUGCCGGGCAUGAUGCCCCACCUGGCCAUACCCAUGCAGUUCCCGCCACCGAUGACGCCACCAAGCUCGGUGCAGCAACAGCCUUUAGACCUGGUGAAGAUCGACAGCAACGGCACCCUAGACCUGAGCAUGAAAUCCACCAAGAUGGACAGCCAACAUCAGCCAGCUGCAACGGCCCUUUCUCAUCUCCCUGGCCCUAUGACGGCUAACACACCGCCGCCACAGUCCUCUCUCCCCUUGACCUCCCAAUCGAGCUUGGUCCAGCUGUCCAUCCCGCAGCCCAUCAUGCCAAACCCUGUCUACUCUGGAAGCUAUUCCUUCCCACCCAUGUCUCCUAUGGUCCAGACAACCACGUCCAACAACUCGCCGACGAUCCUCCAGAUCCCAAGGUCUUACGAUCAAGCUGUGGACUUCUCCGCCCCCAAGAAGCCGCAGUACCCCCUCCUCACCAGUUUCCCCCAUACUCCAUUGAGUGCGCCCCUGACGCCCCUCAGCAGUUCGUUGGUGUCUCUCCCUGGGUCACUGCCCUGCAACGUUCCUCUCACCUCUGGGGGAGGUGUCCUCACCCCCAUCGCUCCCAAUGCCGUGGUGUCGACUGGUGGAAACGUAUCGCUGACCGGUUUCGGGAAAGAAGAACCAUCCAGUCCUAUGAAAAAACAAAACAAAAUGAGCUUUGUUCCUAAAGCUCUGUUUGAGCCGCGACGGGAGCCUCUAAGCUGCCCUACCCCCGGAUGCGAUGGAUCGGGCCAUAUAACAGGGAACUAUACAUCCCAUAGGAGCUUGUCUGGUUGCCCGAUGGCAGAUAAAUCCACUAUUAUCCCCGGAACCCAAGAAUUAAAGUGCCCCACCCCCGGUUGUGACGGAUCAGGUCAUGCCACCGGUAACUACUCCUCACAUCGUAGUCUGUCCGGGUGUCCAAGGGCCAAGAAGAAGAGUUACACAUCCUCACCAAAGAAAGAAGGAGAAGAAGAAGGGGACGGGCUCAUCAAGUACGUUCUUUGCGUUCCAGUGUGCCCCAUACCAGGCUGCGAUGGUUCUGGUCACGUCACAGGGAAGUACGCCUCUCACCGGAGCGCGUCGGGAUGCCCGCGAGCCCUCCGAGCAGGAUACCAGGGACCCAUGCAAACGGCGCCCAAGGAAAACCCAUUGGCGCCCUCUCCCUCGCCGCAGAAUGGAGUCGGUGGGAUGGGCGUGAUGGGGAAUGGGGGUUUAAUGGUGGGUGUGGUCGGUACUGGAGGUUGUGGUAUGAGCGGUAUCACCGAUGCCGUCUUACCCCUGAAUCUUCUGAAGCCUAACAUGAUGGGUGAGGGUAACAUCAUGUCCAUGUCACCGGUGGUGGAGGAACAGGAACAUGAGGAGGAGCUGGUAGGACCAAGCUGCCCUACUCCGUCAUGUGAUGGAUCAGGUCAUGUGAACGGGGCUUCGUUGGACCAUCGUAGCAUCUCGGGAUGUCCGUUGGCUGCUCAGGCCAUGAAGAAAGCAAGGCUGAACGGAGAAGACAUCACCUCACUAUCACACAAAAACGUCAAGGGAGUUGAGAAUGAUGAGGAGCUAUGGAACUUGGACAUCGAGAUCAACGAGCUGCAAUCAAGCAAUAGCCAGAUGGAAGCCCAGAUGAGACGGCUGAAGACCCAGAUCGCUACCAUGGAGACCAAACUCCGUCAGGCGGAGCAGGAACAUCGAGCCAUGGAGGAGAAACAUCGGUCUCUGACCAUGCAGCUGGACGGACUACGUAACACGCUCAUCCGGCACCUGUCCGAUGUCAAGAGCGUUGCUAUGAGCGGUGGUCGCGAGGCCAGCCUGCUUGGUCCCAGCUACGAACGUAUGGAACAGUUCCUAGCGAGUCUCAAAGAACUUGAUAACGACGCCAAGGACACGGUGAUGAUCAACGGGGGAUUGGCCGUCAGAGAGUCGUCAGCAGCCUCUUCCUUUCAGUCGUCAACGCCUCCCCCUUCGUUAGGGUCUUCGUCGCCCAGGCUGGAGUCGGUGGAGAAUACGCCUCUCACGCCCCCUCCACAAGCGGUAGACCUAACACCCCCUCUGAGUAAUGGUAUCCACCAUUCAGAUCAGCCUAUUUCGACACCAGGGGUGGUUCGAACCAAUGUGGUGCCAGUCACAUGAAGGAGUUCAUUACGGAUUGCUGCUCAUUAGAAUACCACAAGUACUUGCACCCUUGUUUGGAGAUAUUGGAGUAGCUCCAAGAGUUCUAACUCCAAUGUUAUGUUCUGUUUAUUUAAAUGCUGCCCUUCAAUGUCAAAAGGACCCAAGUGACAUCAAUCAAAUUUGAUUAGUUGAUAUAUAAUGUCUUACCUAGUGUGCCCCUCUGGGCCCAAUUUUAUGCAUGAGCACUCAUCGUGCUUGGAAAUAUGCCAGGCAAGCCAUCGUGGUAGUGCAUUGACGUCAAUUGUGAGAAAUAUCAUUCUUGUUACUUGCCUCCUUUUGUGACUGUAAGGCAUGAUGGGUUUGGAUGCUUAGAAAGCGGGUGAUUUUAUUCCAUGUACAUACUCUGCCUGUAGCCUCCUUAAAGGAGUGUUAUGGGUUAAUUUAUUGACUGUACUUUAUGCAUCAUUGUAAAUACAUGUAGCUCAUAUCAUCAGUUAAACUGAAAAUAAUUGAAAAUGACCUUGAUCCGGAAAUAGGUUUUAAGGAAUUUUCCUUGUUGUCGUUGUUGCCCAUGAAUAAUGCUUUUCCAAUUGUAAAUCAAAUUGUAAAUAGGCGUUAUUUCAUACACUGGGGAAUGUCUAGUGCUCGUUAAGAAAUGAACUGAGUGAAUGAAUGUUCUUAUUUUUAAUUGAAUCAACUUUAAAAAUGUUUCAAAUUCAAUUGCAUGAAAAAUAAAUAUCAAUCAGCAUUUAUACGUUUUUUGUGUGAAGCAGAUUGGUGUUUUAAUCAUACAGGAUGAUUAUUAUUUAAAAGUAAUGGAGACACAUGAAGUAGUUUAGCAUCACAGAGGCAGCAUUAGGGAAAUUUGUUCCAGAAAACCAUGGUUCAUUUAUCAUAGCCAAAGUAUUGCCCUUUUUUUCUUUACCUGAACACUCUUAAAUAACAUUUCCAGUAAAAAGAUGAAAUAUAUUUAUUCCCUUUUUGAAAAUAGCACCAUGUUGUUUUCAAAAGUUAAUGUCUUGUUGAAUGAAAAUCAUAUUCAAAGAAAAAAAAAUGUUUAAGUGAUGAAAUUGAAACGACUUUUUUAUUUGCUGAGGAGCUCAGUUGCUACAUGUAUAGUAACUCACUGAAAUGAAAUUCACUCUUUGGAUGGUAAACUAGUGGCUAUGAUUUACAUUUGAAAUUUUUCUUUCUUCAUACAAAUUAGUUACAGUAUGCAACACAAACUUACUGCCAAAUAUUAAUCAACUUUUGAGUGUUUUUGUGUAGGAACAAUUUCAUUAAUUUAAAACUCAAUUGCACUAAUUCUGCAUCACAUAUUGGUUAGAAAUUGCACAUUCAUAUUGUGGUAGAUUGUUCAUUUUGUUGGGAACUUUGUCAAAAAGUCUUUGUGGCGUCUUUUAGCUGGAAUCCUGCCAUGUAGGCACCAGGCAUCUUCUUAUAGAAGCCUUCCGGUAUUUCCUCAUUGUUUUGUCAAUGAUGAAAUGUAAGAAUUUGUGAUUCAAAGCCGCUUACGGGGGUUCUUGCAGGAAAUAGGCUGCUCUGACUUUCGAUGAUGCUUUUGAUAACCACAGUAGAUAAAAUUGAUUAAGGAAUGGUAGUUAAAAAUUGCAUUUCAUAUUUUCAACUUCUACUGUUGCGAGAUUGAAUUUCUUCAUUUUCUUCACUUGUGAAAUUGAGAAAGAGCGUGAGCAUUGCAUAAGAAUUGAAAGUACUAUUUCUGUGAAAAAUGAUAUUACUCAUGAUUGUGUAUUUGGUGAAAUUGAAGCUCAUGGUUGUAUUAACGAAAAAAGUACUAGUUUUGUAGAGCAAGGCAAUUAUUUUUUUUUCUUUUUUGGUUGUUGAAGGAACAUUGUAUUCAAUGAUUGUGUACAAUACAUGUAUGAAGGUCAACCAAAAGAAGCAAAUACAGUGUUAGAUUCUCACUAGUUCUUAAACCAAGUAUACACUGGGCAGAGUAAAAAAAUUAAGAACUACAUGUACAUGUAGAUCAUAUGUUUGUGUUUGUUUACUAGAAGUCCAAUCUGUGUUAGCUUAAUACAAAUCUAUUUGUAAAUGCUCAUUUGUA